UAUGAUUAGAUAUAUAUUAUACUGAAUUUUUAACACUCUUCUGGUUCGCUAUGCUUGAAAAUGAAUACAGACUAGAGAUUCAGUUCAAGAAAGUUCAAAAGAUACAAAAUAUUAAUAACAUUCCAACGGUCGGGUCCCGACCAUUGGAAUGUAAGCCUGCGCAGAACGUAUGCGCAGAACGGACUUUACAUGGUCUUUAAAUAAAUAUAGUUUUACCAAACUACAUACCUACCUCGUAAAGAAAAAACUAUUCUAAAGCUUUUUUCCGCGUUUUACCCUCUUUUCUGCGUUUUACCCUCUUUUCCGCGUUUUACCCUCUUUUCCGCGUUUUACCCUCUAUUCCGCGUUUUACCCUCUAUUCCGUUUCCGCUUUUCCGGUUCCGCCAGUCCGUUCCGUUCCGUUUCCGCGUUUUACCCCUACCCACACCGUAGGCUAGGUCAAAGUAUGAUCCGAGUAUUGAGUUUCUUUGUAUUAAUUAAACCUUCGUAAUGUCUUCAUCAACAACGACUUUCCGGCUGCUCUGUUUGUUCGGCCUUCUUUACCUUGCGAAUUGUAAAUGGAUCGAUCUUAGCUAUGCGUUCAACAAUGAAACCAUGUAUUGGGGAAAUUCCACCAGAUUUCACCAUAAGCUUAUUCAUGAAGGCCCAGUAAUAGCAAAUAAUGUGACCCUUAUUCCGUAUUACACGGCGUAUGAAAUUAGCACAGCUGAACAUGGCGGCACUCACAUGGAUGCACCGAUUCACUUUGCUAAAGGAACAUGGUCAAUUGACCAAAUCCCAGCUGAAAAGCUUGUUGGUGAUGCUGUAGUUGUAGAUAUCUCUGCGAAAUCAGCCGCAGAUCGUAAUGCUCAACUGACAGUUGAUGAUCUGGAGAAAUGGGAAGACGAACAUGGCGCUAUUCCUGACGGGAGCAUACUGUUUGUUUUUUGUGACUGGGGCAAAUACUGGACAAGCUAUGAGAAAUAUUUUGGAACCAGUACGAAAGAUACUUCACUCUACCGUUUCCCAGGUACAGUAGUAAUGCAUUUUUUGAUAAACUAAAAUAUAAUCUAAACUAAAGUUGUGCAUGCAGUGUUAAAUCAAGGCCCCUGUACAUGUUGGAUGUUAGCACACGUCAACAAAUAAUGGUUUUCAAAUAUUUAAUAUUCCG